CGAGAAGAAGACUGGAACCUAUCAAACGCGUUGUCAACGUUAGCUAGGUCAUGCUAAUUGAAUAUUUUAGUUUUAAUAAAAGCUGUUUAUACGGUGCACUAAACAUUGUCCGCAAUGGAGAUAGUUUGGGAGGACCCACCAGUCCAUGAAGGUCCAUUCUUUACCAGAGACCUCUAUGACAGAUGUUCCCUUGCGCCUACUAUUAGGGAGCUGUGGGCAUUUCUACAAAGCCCUACAGAGAAUGCUGACAUGAAACAAGAGCAUGAAACUGAGGCUUUAAAGGCUGCGUGCCUCCAGUCCACAGAUGGAGCAACAGAGUAUAAAGACGAAGGUUGCAUCAGCAAAGAAGAGUCCUGUUGGGAUAGCUAUGAUAGUGAUGAUCUCCGUACGGACAGUGGUGCUGAAAGAAUAGAAGACUUUAAAGAUAAAAAGUCUAAAGGGAAGCAGAAGAGGGUUCCAAAUGAGCCAGAUAUUGUUUAUCCUGAACCCAGAGUACCCUUCCCCUGUAUGUCCACCCUCACCUGCAGAGACCAGAAGACCUAUCUGGACAUUCUCUUGAGUAAAAAUCGCAGGGAUCCUCCACAGAACUUAAUGGAACGUGUGAAAAAUGAAGUAAUGCAGUUCAUGAGGUACCUGCAAGAUGUGUCCAAAAUGUGUGCUGAUGAUUACAAUGUAUUACCUCAUGGAGCCUCACAGUACUCAGAGGAAUUUUUUCGGGGCUGUUUGGAAUACAUUAAGACACUUCCUCAAAUCUACCAGAUUUAUGAGUUGACAAGUUUGACAGGAGGAACGUUCAAUGUUGGUCUCACCCUCACCUUUGAAAAACAACUGCUCAUGAUGGGCAACGUGGAUGUAACAGACCACACGAUAGUGCCUGCUGAUGCACAGCUUGCAUCGGAUUAUCAUAGUGUUUCAUCAGAGACUCUGCCAGCUAAAAAAGCGAAGGACAUUUAUGCUACAAUCAGCUGUGAUAGCAAUGCGGAGAAGCUGUGUAGCCAUUACCAGCCUCACAUUUGUCUGACACAACAGGCCCUUCUCAGACUACUCGACAAUCAUGGCCCUGAAUUUGGGCAACAAUGGGAGCUGCCUGUUUGGGUCAAAUUAAACCCAGUUAAAGCCAGCAGUCAUAAGAAGACUGUUUAUGUUGACUCACCUCUGCUGAAGACUGAAGUGACCAUAAGAGAAAGAAAUCAUAUCUACCAUGAGGAAAGUUUCAAGACCUCAGUCAAAAAAAAUGGCAGUAAACACGUGUUUCAUUUAAUGACCGAGCUUCCCUUGACAGAGCAACAACUUCCACCAGACACGUCUCAGAGAAAUGUUGAUGAUGAUGGCCUUGACUUUGCAGUGGACCUUACUGACCUGGAGACAUUUGGAGAGACAAAAGUCACAAAAUCACCUAUGAUGCUUAAGAAUGUGCAGGUUUCAUGUCAUAAAGGUCAAAAAGUUAUACCUUCUCCACCUACAAGUAAGACUUUGAGCAGAAAUGUACAUCGUAUUAACACCAGUAGCAGUUUACAAGAGAAGAUGAACACUUUAGUGACAGAUGUGGAUGGUCCAAUAACAGAUGAGAGAACACAUCCAGCUGUGAGUGAGAUUGGUAUACCAAAGAGUGACCAGUUGAGAGAUGUCUCUUGCCAGGAAAGUGAAGAAGAUGCAACUUUGGCAGGAGAAUCAGAUGAUGACAAGCUUGUUAUCGAUGAUGAAAAGUCUCCAGCUAAAGCAUCUUCCCCACAGUCCAAGCCAGAGAGUCCACUGCAUUCUGUAGACUCCAUUGUUAUCACAACCUCUGAGACCUUUUCUGACACUCCAGCUGUGAGUGAGACUGGUACACCAAAGAAUGACCAGUUGAGAAACCUCUCUUGCCAGAAAAGUGAGGAAGGUACAGUUUUGACAGGGGAAUCGGAUGACGACAAACUAGCUGGUGAUCAACAGUCUCCAGCUCAAACACCAUCAGUGCAUUCCAAGCCGGAGACCCCACAAUGUUCUGUAGACACCCUUGUUGCCCCUAACCCUGUGAAUCUAAAGUCACCAUCCUCACAGAAAGGUACCAGUCAGAGGCGAGGAUCCAGAAGAGCCAAGGUUUCUGAUGACCAGUUGGGAGAAAUCCUUCGCAUGCAGACAGCCAUGUUCAACCCUGCCAAAGAUGACAAACGCACCAUUAAAUCACAGGAGGCUGUUUCACAGUGCCCGUCUGUGAGACAAGCAGUUCAUUCCCAUCCAACAUCCCUUGUUAAGCCCUGUGUCUCCUCGUAUUUAGAAAGCAGCCAGAACUGCCCUGUUUCUCCUCGUAGACCUGCUCCAGUAGUCAGCAGUCGUGCAAAAGAACAAAAAAAGAUACUGUCACAGGACCUGCAGGCAGGUACAGAAGAUGAACAAGAUUACAAGGCACCAGAUGAAGGUAAUCUGUUCUACAAACUCUACAGUCUGGAAGACUUGCUGCUCAUGGUGCGCAGCUCUGUCUCACUGACCCACACCAGGAGAUUAGGCAAUAGUCAGAACCAGCAUGUGCCAGUACAUGUCCUGCCAAAACUGGAGUACCAGUUGACAUAUGGUGUUGAGUGUAUAAGCAGUAGUGAGGCUUGUCAGCUGUGGACUGAGGCGUUGCUGCACUCCAGCACUGUGUCUUACAUCGCUCACAUCAAUGCACACACAUCAAAAGUAGCUCUGCUAAGAAAGCUGCCUGAUGAUUGGAAACAGAACAUCUCCUGUGGCUUCAAACCAGCUAAAUCUCUGAAUAUACUGCAUCAUCUGCUGAAAAAGUUAACAAAGUUAGAUGAAGGACGGUACCUGAUUGCACAUAAGGCUAGGGAGCCAUUUGUGACCAUAUUAAAAGCGGUAAACGGGAAGGGAAACCGAGGCGAAUACAGCCUGCAGCAGGUCCACAGCUCUCUCCCCCAGCCCCCGACCUCCAGCCUCGUGCCAUGGCUGCCAGUUGAUCCAGAUGUGGUUCUGCCCUUCCACCAAAAAUAUGGUCGUGUCCCCUGCACCUUUCCACCAAGAUCUUUCAUGAAGAAGGCCAAAGACAGCUCAUCACAGCAUCAUGACCACGGAGCAAAUCAGGCAAAAACAGAUGUGAAUGCAGAAGGCAACGUGAAGACAAAAAAGAAAAAAGCUAAACGUAAAGCUCACCGUAAUAAGUACAUAAAGAAGCUAAUCAAAGAUUCUAUCUGAAGUCCCGUGUUUUCUUUCAGUUGUGCCUGUCGUGCUGAGUAUGAGAGACCAGUUACUGUGUUCAUCUCAUGAGCACCUAAGCACUUUAUUUUGUUCACUGACAUUUCUCUGGUUUUACGAUCUGUCAUUUUGUAUAAAACUACAAUAAAUGUUUUUAAGUGUU